AAUUAAUACAUUCUUCUUGAUUCUUAGGGAUUACAGCAGAUAGUAGACUUGUUUGUGCAGAAAUGUCGAGGUUGAAUAAGUCGAAGUUUGAGAAAGAAAAACUAAAAGUUGUUUUCAGGCUGCAAUUUCACGCAACUCAUGUUCUACAAGCUGGAUGGGAUAAGCUAUUUAUAUAUUUCAUUCCUGUUGAUUCAGGAAAGCCAAAAGCAAAGACAACCAAAGUGAAUGUGAGAAAUGGGCAAUGCAAAUGGGCAGAUCCUAUUUAUGAAACUACAAGACUUAUUCAGAAUAGCAAAAGCAAACAAUAUGAUGAAAAGAUUUACAAGUUUGUUGUCGCUAUGGGUUCUUCUCGAUCUAGUAUCCUUGGUGAAGCCACAAUAAAUCUUGCGGAUUAUGCCAACGCAUUUAAACCUGUAGUUAUUCCACUUCCUCUUGAUGGGUGCAACUGCGGAGCUGUUUUAUAUGUAACCAUUCAGCUGCUAAAUUCAAAAACUGGAUUCAGAGAAUUUGAGCAGCAGAGUGAAAUAAGAGAGACCGGUUUGCAGAACAACGAUCUAACUGAACAUGAUACGCUUUGUUAUGGAAAUGUAUCGACUUCAGAAACUCCCAUGAUUCAUCAGGAUCAUGCAAAUGUUAGGAUUGGAUCAGAGUUAGAAGAUCUUGUUUCUCACGAGGAAGAGGCGGAAGAAAUCUGCUCUAGUGCAAAAAAUACAGCAAUUGAAGUGGCAGAUUCAUUCAAUCAUCUAAUUUUGGAUGAGGAAAGAAAUGAUUGGAUGGAUAAAUGGGAUUCUGAAUACUCCUCUAAUAGUGAUCCAUUGCCCGUGAUCAAAGAUAAUGGCAGACAUAGAUAUGAGUUGGAGGAAUCUGAAUCUGUAUUUCUGCAGCAGCUUAAGAUGGAGGUUAGUUCUUUGCAAAUGUAUGCAGAUGAAAUCAGUAAUGAAGGACAGAGGUUCUCCCAGCUUCUUAUUGCUGAGAUUUCUUCUGUCGAAGAACUGGCAAACGAAAUUUCCCUUGUGAAAUUAGAAUUUUCUCAGUUGAAAGGAAGAAUAGAAAUGGAUUCACAAUAUUCUUUAAGGAAUGGCUUAAAUCUUGACUUCAUCACUCAAGAACAGGAUACUCUAGAUGCUACAGGAUUCCUUAAAGGGAAAAUCUUUGAUCUUUUGAAGGAAUUGGACGAGGUAAAAUCCGAUAGGGAAACCCUCAGAAGAAGAAUGGAUCAGAUGGAAUUCUAUUACGAAACACUCAUUCAAGAGCUCGAAGAAAAUCAGAAGAAAAUAAUCGGAGAGUUUAUGACCUUGAGAAACGAGCAUUCUGGCUGCCUACACGAUAUUGCAUCUACCAAAGCCGAGAUGGAAUCAAUGCAGCAUUGUUUUAAUGAUGAAUACUUAAAGCUCGAUUCUAUUAACAAGGAACUCAAUAAGAAAGCUGCUAAUUCAGAAGCAGCAUUGAUAAGGGCUCAUCUGAAUUACUCUAGAAAUGAGGUGGAUGCCAAGUUUAACGACAAGUUUCAUAAAAAUCAGUUUCUCGAAACAGAGGUGGAAAGACUCUCAAAAGAAAACCGUUUCCUUUGUGAGAAGAUCAAUGAGUAUGAAGAUUUACUUUCCGAGAAAAUGGAGUUGGAAAGGUUGUUAGAUCUGGAAACUCUGAAGAACAACGAUCUUCAAGGUGAGAUACGUAGUUUGAGAGAUGAGUUCAGAAUUUCCAAAAAUGAACACGACAAGUUUACUGAGAAAUUGAGAUCAGUGUUGGUAUUCUAUAACAGACAAUUCAAUCAAUACUUUCCAUCUGAUGAUAUUCGUCAGGAUUACGAUUCAAUCAUCCAAUUGGAGAAUUUCUUGUCUAAUGUAUAUGAAGGAUUUUAUCAUCUGUCGGAGGAGAAGAAAAGAAUACUCGAUGACAAGGAAUCAGAGAUUACGAUAAUGAGAGAGGUCUUCAAGGAUGAGAUAAACGACUUAUUUCAUAAGCUUCACACUUCUGAUGCCCUCUUUGACAAAUUUCAGUUGAAAAUGGAUACUCUCGAGGAAAGACUACAGAUCGAAAUCUGCACUGAAUCUGAACUUCAACAGAGGUAUGUUAAUCAGAACAAAGAAAUUCUAGAUAAUCUGGAACAUUUUCGCAUAGACCUACAACAACUCACGUCUGAAAAUAUGGAAUUAGCUGCUGAAAUUUUAGAAUUAGGCAGUUUAUCUGAGGAACUUGAUAGAUGUAAGAUGAUCAUGAGCAAAUUGGCACAGGAGAUACAGAAUCUAAGGAUGGAUUUAAAGAGCAAAAAUGAGGAAUAUGUGAAAUUAGAAUCAGAAGUUGAAAGAUUGAAUCAAUAUAAACUAGAGGAAUCCAUAUUCGAAGAAGCUAUGGAUCGCGUCUUACUUCAGAAUGAGGAAUCAGAAACAACUGUUUUAAUACUGAAAUCCAGAUUAGAAGAGCUGCAUGAACAUGUAAUCUUAUCUAGGGAAGGGGAGAAAGGUAAAAUGAUCUUGCUAGAGAAAAAAUGCAAUGAGCUUAACCAAAAGCUUUCUGAACAGACAGUGAAAGCAGAGGAGUUUAGAAAUCUUUCAAUUCACUUAAAGGCGAUUAUAGACAGUUCAGAAAGGAAACCCGAGGGAAGAUCAUCGUUGAGAGUUGUCUUUAUGAAGGAACAGUAUGAAACGAAGAUUGAAGAACUGAAUCAACAACUAUUGAAAUUGCAGAAAGCAAUAAACGGAAAAGAAACUCUAGUUAAUAUUUCAGGUAAUUCUUUGUAGUGAAUCUCAAUGUCAAUUAGCAGCCAAACUCUUUGCUUUUUUUUUUUUUCUUUUCUGCUGCAGAUCGAGACUUAGAAUCAAUGCAUUUACGGAUAAUGUCGAAUAAAAAGAACGUAUUGUGCAUUGUGCCUUCUCCGUAUAA